UCCAUUUAUUUACAGAUUGUUUAUAUUGCUUUUCUUUUCAUAUUUUUACUACCUGUCAAAUACGAUAUUCUUGCUCAUUCCAUCUUCCUCUAACAAAUGUGUACGAGUUGGUGAACACCGCUCUAUCUUACUGCUUUGAAAUUUUUCGGCUGUUGUAGAUAGUUUGGGGAGCUAAGCUGCUUCAUGGACGCUAAUCUUAGUACAAAUGACUAUACGCAAUCAAUAUCGGCCUCCUCGUCGGAAGAUGACGAUGAAAGUUUUACUACUGCAACUGAUAGUUGCUCAGAUUCAGACUUAAGUACCCACUCUGAACUGAAAUUCAAUACUGAGGGAUCACAACAGCGACAGCAAAAUCUAUGUGUUAUGCUCAGGAAUCGAGAAUACAGUAGAACUACCCCCCAAGUACCACCUUACAAUGAAGUGCCAAAUAGGUUAAGAUUUUGCCUCAAGGACGUUGUGCCACAUGGUUUCGUGCAAGGACAUGUAUUUAUGGGUCUAAGUUCGUGUGGAAACUUUCUGCUGAGUUAUAAGGUUCUCAUAAAAGAGAACGCAACUCAUCCUUACAGUUUCAAUUUGAAUUAUAAAUACACAUUAUAUUUUUGGAUAUAUCAACCACACCAACCAAUCCGUACUUUUUAUAAAUGUUGUCUUUUCAACAAUCGAGGAGUCGACAGUAUAAAAAAGGUGACCAUGACAUACGAAAUAAUCAAAGGACAAAACAAGCCAGAAGGCGGUUUCAUGGGCGACAUCGCUUUACCCGACGUUAAUUACGGUGAUGACAUGCCGAUUGUGGCUCACACAGACACUGAUUGGCUACCACAAGCAGAUGCACCAUUACCAGAAACAUCACUACGUUUCAAUACAACAUUUCAACAGGAAUUGGAAAUACUCAAGCAAGAAGUCUAUCACGAAGGUUUACAGGUUGAAGAAGAGGGAUUGACUGAUAUCAUUAGAAAGAAAACCAAAAUACCAACUGGUAUUACUGGAAACGAUGCUUUACAGUCAGCCAAUGAACCAGUUAAGUUGGCAGAAUACUCACUCAAUUCCGAGUAUUUAAAAAGAAAUUUAAAAAAUGAAAUCAUAAGUUCACACCGACAACCCAAAGAAAACUCCUACUAUCCAACAAAUACAGAAUAUUUCGAAACAAAAAGUGCACUCCGGGAGAAAAAGUUGAAUGCCAAUCUGGAUAGCGAGGAAGCAGAAAUGCAGAACAAAGUAAGUGGUGGCAAUAAUGCAGCACUGCUACAGCAAAGAUUUAACGGCGGAAGCAGUGGCGGAGCAAUAACGGCAUUGCCUGGCGGCGCUAACAUAAAAACACCACAAAUUCCAAUGGAAUACAGAACUAGCAGCAUCAGUAGCAGUGGUAAAGUUGCUAGUGAAACAGAAGAAAAGUUAAAUAAACCAAACUCAGGAUGGAAUAAUCGUAAUGUUGACCAACGUAAAAUACAAUCGAACACAAAAGAUAUUGAAGAUGAUUCCGGUAAUAAUUUUGUGGCGGAACGUAAAGUCGUUAUAUUACCAACCUCACUGCCAACUCAACGUUCUACAUUACCUAAUGUUUAUAGUAAUGCGGGUGGGAAUGGCAUGAAAAUGGAUGAUGUGGAAUUUUUGCAUGCCGAAGGAGUUGUAAGGCGACGUCAUAGACGUGGUCGCAAAAAUCGUCGUAGCUCUGAGGCGCGGACUGAAUAUAAUGCAAAACUUAAACGUUUAAUAGAGGAAUUGAAUCGUCCUAUAUAUACAGAUGCAGUGCAAGGGUAUCGAAAUGUGGAGCACCAAAGAAAAUCAAUACAAAUCCCAGAUAAAAAAAGUUGUUUCAAUAAUAAUCGAAAGAAUAAAAGUACAUGGGAACCCGAUUUAGCAACAUAUCAUCAAAUUGAUAGACCAAAGAAUAUAGCACAAAAUUUUAAUUAUUCCAAUGAAAAUCCUGAAGAGUUAGAUGUUCUAACAAAACGUCAGUCAACCAUGGAUGCAAUUACUGCAGAGGUGCAGACAUCGUUGGAAACUGAUUUAGAAGAUGCAGAAAACUUUAAACAUUUGAAACACCAUCACCGCAUGGCACGCGCUGUGACAGCAAAAAAAGAACGCGUCUGGGAUUAUGGCGUUAUACCGUAUGAAAUUGAUGGUAACUUCAGUGGCUUGCACAAGGCAUUGUUUAAGCAGGCAAUGCGACAUUGGGAGAACUCAACAUGCAUCAAAUUUGUGGAGCGUGACCCGGAAGUACAUCCGAAUUAUAUUGUAUUCACAGUUCGCGGUUGUGGUUGCUGCUCCUUUGUUGGCAAACGUGGCAAUGGUCCACAAGCCAUUUCUAUCGGCCGGAACUGUGAUAAAUUUGGCAUUGUUGUACACGAAUUGGGACACGUUGUGGGCUUUUGGCACGAACAUACUCGACCCGACCGCGAAAAGCAUGUCGUCAUCGAGCACAAUAACAUCAUGAAAGGACAAGACUAUAAUUUCAACAAACUGACACCAGACGAGGUGGACUCUUUAGGUAUGGCAUACGACUACGAUUCUAUAAUGCAUUAUGCGCGCAAUACAUUCUCCAAGGGCAGUUAUCUCGAUACAAUUUUGCCAAUCGAAGUGAAGGGCAAGAAGCGACCCGAGAUAGGACAACGCUUAAGAUUGAGUGCAGGUGAUAUUGCACAGGCAAAUUUGCUCUAUAAAUGUCCAAAAUGCGGUCGAACUUUUCAAGAGAACACUGGCAUUUUUGCCAGUCCCUCGUACUACACUGCCGGUGCUCUAACCAAUGAAACCGAGAAUUGUGAGUGGCGCAUUACAGCAACACAUGGUGAACGAGUGGUGCUGCGUUUAGAAAAUUUGAAUAUAUUUAAGUCAAAUAAUUGUCAAACAGAUUAUUUAGAAGUGAGGGAUGGGUACUUUUUCAAAUCUCCGCUAAUUGGUAGAUUCUGUGGAAAAGUAGCCAAUGAAAUUCUCACUUCAGAAUCAAGCAGAAUGUUAUUAACUUUUGUAAAUAAUCAUCGCUCGGAAGGGUAUCGUGGUUUCAAAGCUGAAUUUGAUGUUGUAUGUGGUGGUGAGUUAAAUGUGGAUGAAUCGGAAGGUCGUUUAGAGUCCCCAAACUAUCCACUUGAAUAUUUGCCAAACAAGGAAUGUAUUUGGAAAAUAACCGUCCCAAAAGGAUACCAAGUUGCACUGAAGUUCCAAUCAUUUGAGGUCGAAAAUCACGACAGUUGCGUUUAUGACUUUGUUGAAGUAAGAGAUGGUCCAUCUCAAGACUCACAAUUAAUUGGUGUGUUUUGUGGAUAUAAGCCGCCUCCAAAUAUGAAGUCAAGUGGCAAUACAAUGUUUGUGAAAUUUGUGUCGGAUACAUCGGUACAGAAAGCAGGAUUUUCGGCUAUAUUCAUGAAGGAGGUUGACGAAUGUGAAACUCAAAACCAUGGUUGUGAACACGAGUGCAUAAACACUCUGGGGGGUUAUGAGUGCAGUUGUCAUAUUGGUUAUGAAUUGCACAGCGACAAAAAACAUUGCGAAGAUGCCUGCGGUGGUGUGAUUGAAUAUCCAAACGGUACUAUUACUUCACCAUCAUUUCCAGCACUUUAUCCUAUACUAAAGGAAUGUAUAUGGGAAAUUAUUGCACCGCCAAAACAUAAAAUCUCUCUCAAUUUCACACAUUUUGAAUUAGAAGGCACCACACAUCAGCACACAGAUUGUGGUUAUGAUUCAGUCACAAUUUAUUCGAAACUCAGCGAAAAUCGCCUUAAACGUAUUGGCACCUAUUGUGGAAACGCCAUUCCACCCACAGCCACUUCAGAGGGCAAUGCUUUACGUGUAGAAUUUCAUUCCGAUAAAUCAGUGCAACGUAGCGGGUUUGCUGCGGUUUUUUUUACCGACAUAGAUGAGUGUUCCCUUAAUAACGGUGGUUGUCAGCAUGAAUGUCUCAAUACAAUUGGAUCCUAUAUGUGUUCAUGCCAUAAUGGCUAUUCACUGCACGAGAAUGGACAUGAUUGUAAGGAGGGCGAAUGUAAACAUGAAAUUUCCGCACCAUUCGGUACUAUCUAUAGUCCCAAUUUUCCGGAUUUGUAUCCACCAAAUGCUGAUUGUGUUUGGCAUUUCUUGACAACUCCAGGACAUCGCAUCAAAUUAAUUUUCAACGAAUUCAAUGUGGAAUCGCAUCAGGAAUGCGCUUACGAUAAUGUGGCAAUAUACGAUGGCGAGUCUGAAAGCAGUUCGCUUUUGGGACGUUUCUGUGGAGACAAAAUACCAUAUCCGAUAUCAUCAUCCACAAACCAAUUGUACAUGGUAUUGAAGACAGAUAAAAAUAAGCAACUCAAUGGUUUCACAGCAAUGCACUCUACUUCAUGUGGCGGAUACUUACGUGCAACAAAUCAAAUUAAACAAUUUUAUUCGCACUCGCGUUUCGGCAAUCACAACUACAAUGAAAACAUGGACUGUGAGUGGACAAUACAAGCACCACCGAGCAGCAAUGUACAGUUGUUGUUCCUAACGUUCGAUAUUGAAAGCAGUGAAAAUUGCACUUACGAUUACGUGCAAGUUUAUUCUGGAAUGGAGGAUACAAGUGGUCCCAUGUAUGGACAAUACUGUGGAAACACGCUUCCUCAGGAUAUAAUAUCCUUAACUGACUCUUUGUUGGUGCGUUUCAAGACGGAUAAUUCUGUUACAUUAAAAGGGUUCUCGGCAUCCUAUGUAGCUGUCGAUCCUUUUGAUAACAGUGAAGAGGAUAUUAACUCAUCCAGCUUUGAGAUGGUGACUCCAUUUCCAGGCUCACUCAAAAGUAUCUAUAAAGUAGAUGAAACACAAGAGUCAUACGAGUACAGUGAUUUCAUGGAAAAUCAAUUGAUUGACAGAAGACUAAGAACCAGAUAUUAAUUUAAAUUGCAAUUUUAUAUUGAAUGAAAAUUGUUUCGUAUGAGCAUUCUGUGUGAGUAAGUAAAAAGUGAGUGUGCAUACAGAAAAAUGGAAUAAAAUAUAUCCUAAUGACAAUAGAUAUAAUCAUUGAAGAAUUUAUAUUUUAUUUAAAGCAUAUCAGGAAGAAAAUCAUCACUUAAUAAAAUUCUGAGUUACUUAGAUAAUUCAAAGUAGUUCGUCGAUAUCAUAAGUAUUGUAUUUACAUAAAGACAUUGAAAUUUUAUGUAACGUGCAAUUAAUUUUU